AUGGCUGGAAAUAUCGAUCUAUGCAUUCGGGUUUCUGAGGACAAAUCUGAACAAGAACAUGGCCAAAUCUGUAUACAAGAUGAAGAAUUUGACUACUCAAAAAGGGGACAGUGGCUGCGUGCUGCUGUUCUGGGAGCCACUGAUGGUUUAGUCUCAGUUGCAUCUCUGAUGAUGGGAGUUGGAGCUGUGAAGGAAGAUGUGAGAGCCAUGAUUCUUACAGGCUUUGCUGGCUUAGUUGCAGGUGCAUGCAGUAUGGCAAUAGGUGAAUUUGUUUCAGUCUACUCCCAACGAGAUGUAGAGGUGGCUCAGAUGAAGAGAGAUAAUAGAAUUUCAGGAAAUGAGGAGGAAAGUGAGAAGGAAGCACUCUCGAAUCCCAUUCAGGCAGCUGCAGCAUCAGCCCUUGCAUUCAUGGUAGGGGCCAUCAUGCCCUUGCUGGCUGCUGCUUUCAUAAUGGACCAUAAAGUUAGGCUGGGGGUGGUGGUAGCCACAGUGAGCUUGGUGCUGGUGGUUUUUGGGUGGAUUGGAGGUGUUCUUGGGGGGAGUCCUGUGGUGAAGUCUUGUUUUAGGAUUCUGGUUGGAGGGUGGAUGGCUAUGGCUGUUACUUUUGGACUUACCAAGUGGAUAGGCUCUACUGGCUUGUAG